UACACACUCCUGCCCCAAAUUCAAACACAUCUCACAAGCACAAGUGCCCGCAAAAUAUGAGUCCCAGCAUCAUUUCCGAGGCCAGCCAGCCUCUCACUGUCAGAUCUACCGUGGCCCAGAGGAAACAAGCCCACGAGCUGAGAAAGAAUCUCAAACCGCUGUUGGAGAAGAGGAGGCGUGCUCGUAUUAAUGACAGUCUGAGCCAUUUGAAGAGUCUCAUCCUGCCUCUGGUUGGCAAAGACAACGCGCGCUACUCAAAGCUGGAGAAAGCGGACAUUCUGGAAAUGACGGUCCGUUUCCUCAGGGACCUCCCGGCGUCGAAAGAUCCCGCAGAAAGUUACAGAGAAGGCUACAAAGCGUGCCUCCAGCGGGUCUCCGCUCUGCUCCCUCAAACAAGCCUCAACCAGGACGCGUGUCAGCGGGUCAGUGACUUUGUGCGGCGCUCCAUGUCCGCCACGGUCACCCCGUCCUGCAUGAACUGCUGCGCACAGACCUCCAGGACAUUCCCCCACAUCCAACAGAGGCUGCUUAGCCUCAAGUCCGGCUUGAGCGCUAUGAGGGCAGACAGCCAGCCGCAGUCGCAGCCGGCGGCUGCGGGCUCUCCUGCAGCGCAACAAGUCCCGCCUGCUGUCAGCGCGGACAUGUGGAGGCCCUGGUAGAUUUAAUGGACACUUAUUUAAUGCCUUAUUUAUUUCGUGCCACUUAACAUACGCAAUGAAUAGAAGAACAUUUGAGAGUUGCUGUAUAGGCAAUAUAACCUAGCAAUUGGUUCAUUUUGGGUAAAAUCGAGCACAGAUCCCAAAGAAGCAGUAUCGUUUUACAUACGUUUUAUUAAUGCAAUCCUCUUUGGGGGUUCAAGGGCACGGGUUGUCGACAACACUUUUGUAAAACCCUAAGGGUUACUCAGUUUGAGGUUUGCACGAUGGACUUCAAAGUAUUUUAGUCUGUGCAAAA